AUGGCUGAAAUGAUUGGCAAACCAUUCAUCCAAGAUUUAACUAAUGUGCUAUGGUACAUAGAUGGAUGUAAUAGUAAUACAUUCACUCAACGAUACAACUUACUAAAAGUCUUUGAAGACUUCAUGGGAUAUAACAAUCCACAACAUUAUAAAUAUCUCUCCAAAUAUGCAGAAUAUCUUGCCUACAAGCAUAUAGAGACAUCUCAAAACCAAGAAUUUAAUCAAUCUAUAAUUAAUGAAUAUGAUAAUGGAGAACUAAAAAUAUUCAAAGCAAAUGAUAAAUAUAAACUGGAAAAUAUAAUAAAAUAUAGAAACCUUUCCUUAGCAUUACAAGACAAACAAUACUGGCAACCAAUUUUGGCUGAUAAUUUUUGCUCUUCAAUAUCACAUCUUAAGAAAGGAAUAAUCAAGAGCUUGCAACCUACAAAAAUUAUUAUGCAAGAUAUUUUUGAACGAUUGAAACUCAAAGGAGAAAGUUUUUCCAUAUUUGAAUCAGUGACAGAGCAAGAGAUUGAAUAUUUGUGGAAGUCAGUACUUGAAAUAGAUGAUUUAUUAGUACCUAAAAAUACAUCUAGAAAGCACAUUGAAAAUAAGAUCAAAAAUUUUCUCAAAAAUUUUAUAGAAACAAUUGAUUACACAUGUGGUAUAAUGUUCUAUAGAAUUUCAGACCUUACCAAAGCCAGUUCACUAUUAGAUCUAAACGACAAUAAUCAAGCAAUAAGUAUUAAUACAAAUGACGAUAGUGAUAAUAAUAUCGAUAGUAUGGAAGAUAAUACUAAUGAAUCACCUGUAGAACAAUCUGAUGAAUCACCUGUAGAACAAUCUGAUAAAUCACCUGUAGAACAACCUGAUGAAUCACCUGUAGAACAACCCAAUGAAUCGCCUGUAGAACAGCCUAAUGAAUCAUCUGUAGAACAAAAUAUGAAUAACGAUCUGCUAUCCUUAGAAACAUUGUUUAAACACAU